GAAGUUCUCUUCGGCUGCCAAGACAAAGGAGCAAUUUAUUUGCCGUAAUAUCUUGUACAGUUUUGAGGAAUUUUCUUCAAUUCCACUCGCUUGGACUCUGAGAUUUUCCAAGAUGAAAGGUCAAGAAUCUGGCUUCACAUUACCGUCGUUUUUACCGCGACUUUCCUACGAGAAGCAAGAUACUUUGCUAAAGUUAUGCAUCCUUUCCAUUGCAGCUAUUUUGUCAUUUGCGACCAGACUUUUUUCUGUUUUACGAUACGAAAGUGUCAUCCAUGAAUUUGAUCCAUAUUUUAACUUUCGCACUACAAAGUUUUUAACACAAGAAGGAUUUUAUAAUUUUCACAAUUGGUUUGAUGAUCGAGCGUGGUAUCCUCUUGGUCGUAUUAUUGGUGGCACCAUUUAUCCUGGUCUCAUGGUAACAUCUGCAGUUUUAUAUAAUGUAAUGCAUUUCUUCAACAUCACUAUUGACAUCCGAAAUGUUUGUGUUUUUCUUGCCCUUUUCUCAUCGUUUACAACUAUUGUGACAUAUCAUAUGGCCAAAGAAUUAAAGGAUGAAGGUGCAGGACUGGUAGCAGCUGCAAUGAUUUCUGUAGUUCCAGGCUAUAUAUCCCGGUCUGUUGCUGGAUCAUAUGAUAAUGAAGGCAUUGCUAUUUUUUGUAUGUUGCUUACAUACACUUUAUGGAUAAAAUCUGUCAAAACUGGAUCUGUGUUCUGGUCAACAUUUUGUGCUCUUGCUUACUUUUACAUGGUAUCAUCUUGGGGUGGCUAUGUCUUCCUCAUCAAUUUAAUUCCCCUUCAUGUUCUGGCAUUAAUGGUGACAGGCAGAUUUUCUCAUCGUAUCUAUGUUGCAUAUUGUACGGUAUACUGUCUUGGCACAAUUCUUUCAAUGCAAAUAUCUUUUGUUGGAUUUCAACCUGUACAAUCAAGUGAACACAUGGCUGCGUUUGGUGUUUUUGGUUUGUGUCAGAUCCAUGCAUUCAUUGAUUAUGUUCGAGCUAAAUUGACUCCAGCGCAGUUUGCUGUGUUGUUCAAGAGUGCUGUAUUACUGCUUGGUGGUGGAGCCUUGCUUGUCUUUGGUGUUUUAACAGCAACUGGGAAAAUUUCUCCAUGGACUGGUCGUUUCUACUCUUUACUAGAUCCUUCUUACGCUAAAAAUAAUAUUCCAAUUAUCGCGUCUGUGUCGGAACAUCAACCCACGACCUGGUCGUCUUUCUACUUUGAUUUACAGAUUUUAGUGUUCAUGUUUCCUGUUGGACUGUAUUACUGUUUUUCUAGUCUUUCUGAUGCUAACAUCUUUAUAAUUAUGUAUGGCGUCACUAGUAUUUACUUUGCGGGUGUUAUGGUUCGUCUUAUGUUGGUGUUAGCACCUGUUAUGUGUAUUUUGGCUGGAAUCGGAAUUUCUUCAUUGCUUUCUCGUUAUAUGAAGAAUUUAGAUAUUGCUCGUCGUGAGAAAAAACCUUCGAAGAAAACAUCGACUGAUUCAUCCUAUCCAAUGAAGAAUGAAAUGGCGACAGGAAUGGUUCUUUUAAUGACAUUGUUUCUUCUGUCUUAUACUUUCCAUUGUACUUGGGUCACAUCUGAAGCGUAUUCCAGCCCAUCUAUUGUGCUGUCAGCUAGGCAACAUGAUGGCUCUCGGGUCAUAUUUGACGACUUUCGUGAAGCUUAUUAUUGGUUAAGUCAAAACACUCCUGAGGAUGCAAAGAUAAUGUCAUGGUGGGAUUAUGGGUAUCAGAUAACAGCAAUGGCGAACCGAACUAUUUUAGUUGAUAAUAACACUUGGAACAAUACACAUAUUUCCCGUGUUGGUCAGGCGAUGUCGUCAACGGAAGAUAAGGCUUAUGAAAUAAUGAGAGAACUUGAUGUUGACUAUGUUUUGGUGAUCUUUGGUGGUCUUACUGGAUAUGCGUCUGAUGACAUCAAUAAAUUUCUUUGGAUGGUUCGUAUCGGAGGAAGCACAGAUCGUGGAUCGCACAUAAAGGAAAAUGAUUAUUAUACACCUACUGGAGAAUUUCGUGUUGACAAAGAAGGCUCUCCUACUUUACUCAAUUGUUUAAUGUAUAAGAUGUGUUAUUAUCGCUUUGGUUCUGUUUACACUGAGCAAGGCAAGCCAACUGGUUAUGAUAGAGUGAGAAACACCGAAAUCGGUAACAAGGAAUUUGAAUUGGAAGUUUUGGAAGAGGCUUAUACGACUGAGCAUUGGUUGGUUCGAAUUUAUAAAGUUAAGGAUUUGGAGAAUCGUGGAACAUAAUGAUAGUGAUCAGAUUGAUUCACUGGUUGUUGUAAAGUUGACCAAAUCGGUAGUUUUAAAAUUGAAAUAAAAAAAUAAAAGGUUAUUUUUAUCUCCA